GUUUUGUAAGAAUCAUCGUUCAGCGAUUGCCGCAGAAAUGUCGAACUUCAAGAAGAUUGUGUUGAAUAGUUCCGAUGAUCAAACAUUCGAGAUGGAUGAAAUCGUUGCACAUCAAUCGCAAACUCUGCGGCACAUGAUCGAAGAUAGUUGCGCCGAUACCGUCAUUCCUGUUCCUAAUAUCACCGGCAAGAUUAUGGCCAAGGUUAUCGAGUAUUGUAAUCGACAUGCCGAAAAACUCAAAUCCGAAGAAAAGACUUUUGAAGAAGAACUCAAGAAAUUUGAUGAAGAUUUCGUCCAAGUCGAUCAGGGCAUUCUCUUUGAUCUUAUUAUGGCUGCAAAUUAUUUGGAGAUCAAAACUCUAUUGGAUUUAACUUGUCAGGCUGUGGCAAAUAUGAUUAAGGGAAAGACUCCUGAAGAGAUUCGUAGAACUUUUAAUAUCAAGAAUGAUUUUACUCCCGAGGAAGAAGAAGAAAUUCGUAAGGAGAAUGCUUGGGCUUUUGAGUAAUAAUAAUUGCAAUUUCAUCA